UUUUCAUCAUAUUUGCUAAUAUGUUUCGGUGCAGCAAUGCAGGAAUAUCCAGUAACCACGCCGAGUUCGUUGAAUAGCUUAACAGGAAGUGGGCAAAUAACAAAAGUGUUAUCAAAAACAUGUUCAAAUGAAGUGAUAAAUUCGAAUCAAACCAAGUUAAAUUUGUGUUGUUGUACAUUGGACGAAAUCAACAAUGUGAUAGAACAUCAUCCAUUUCUAUCCAGAUUGAACAUUUCGAAUUCUGAAUUCAAUACAACAUCAACUGUAUUAAAACAUGCAACUCUAAGCGAACUCAUUGCCUCACACAAUGAAAUACGUACCAUUUCAUCGUCAUUCUUUAAUGGAUUACCGAAUUUAACUUUAAUCGAUUUGUCUUACAAUCAAAUUAAAUACAUUGACGGUCGUACAUUCAAGGAUCUAACACAACUGUUCCACAUCGACUUAUCCAACAAUAACAUUGCCAUACUUCAUAGAGAGACAUUUAUGAAAAAUACACGUUUGAAACAAAUCGUAUUGCGAAAUAACCCGUUCAACGCUGGAUGUGAUUUUAUCAAGUUGGGAAUGAGAACUGCCGUGUAUUUAUCGUGGGAAAGUAUUGAUUUUAAUAUGAAAUGCUUUGACCGAUCCUUUUAUCAGAACAUAAUCCAUAUCAACCCAGAUAUUGACACCAAUGCCGUCUUUCCCACCUCCCGCCUUAAUAUUGCAUUGCAUUGCAAACAACAGAGUUUUAAACUGGUCACCGAAUUGGAUUUAAAUCGCAAACAAAUUGAAAAUGUCGGUGAUCUGUUGAUUUGUUUAACCGCAUCGCUUAAAAAACUGAAUUUGAAUGGGAAUCACAUUGGACAAUUGGACUCUGCCGCCUUUCAUCCAUUUAUCAAUUUAACAAAUUUAAAUAUCGGCGAUACUGGUUUGGAAAAAUUCGAUUUCAACAGUUUGUCUCACUUAAAUAAAUUGGAAAAACUUGAUAUUUCUCGGAAUAAAAUCAGAAAAUUUGAUAAUUCAUCCAAGUUGAAGGUGUUUCAACAUUUAACCCAUUUAAAUAUCGAAAGAAAUCAUCUGGAAAAUGCACAAGAACUUAUUCAAUACUUAAGCCCAUCAAUUGUCAAUGUGAAUUUAUCCGACAAUAAUGUCGGACAUCUGAAUGCAUCGAUGGCCGAACAUUUAAACAAUGUAAAAGUUUUGAAUUUGAGCAAUACCAAUCUUAGAAUCCAAAAUAUAAACAUGUUUGAAAACAUCUCAUUGGAGGCACUUGACAUUUCUUACAAUCGAUUGGAAAAUACCGAUUUCAACAUGAAGAAUGUGUGGCAAUUGAAAGUAUUUCGAGCGGCUUACUGCAAUAUAUCGAACGCAUUUGACUUGAUCAAACUAUUCGGAUCAUCGCUUCUCCAGCUAGACCUAUCUGGAAACAUUCAACACGCAAUGAACAUCGAUUUUGAGCCAUUCGAACGAUUGACUGGCCUUGAAGUACUCAACAUUUCUUUCAACAAUCUGCAAGAAAUCGAUUUGUCCUAUAUAAAAAGUCCAGAUUUAAAGGAAAUUUACUUAGAUGGCAAUAAUUUGAUUAACAUUGAUGGAUUAUUCCACUCAACUGCGAGUGCAGCCAAAAUUUCAAUAAUGAAUAAUCAAUUUUCAUGUGAAGAUCUGAAGAAUUUGGCUUUUCAACUGAAGAACGAUGAACAGAUUGUGUACGGAAAUUGUGAACCAAAAAACUAUUACGGCAAAAAUGGUGGAUUGAUUGGAAAUGUGCAUAGCAAACCGAAUGAAAGUGGUACCGAGAUAAAAGUUGCAUCAACAUUUCCAGAUACAAAUACUGGCUGGAUGAUAUAUGUGAUUUUUGUAUUGGGCAUCACAGUUAUCAUGUUUAUGGUCGACUAUUUCAUUUGUCGUGGCCAUAGAUUCAUGCAAUACCCGAUAAAUAAGAAUAAAAAGCCAAUCGUAUUGUCCGAUAGAAAUAAAGAAACCAUAGAAUUUCGCAUGACCAAGAGUACCAUAUACGAAGGGUCUUCAUCAUUAUCUUCAUCAGAUGAUGUCAGUAAUUUUUACGAUGAAAUACUCAACCAAGACGUCGUGCCUAAGAACACCUAUGAUCAUCUAAACUUCCCCAUUUGGCCUGGUCGCAUUCCAUUUUCAACUGAAACUCAUUAUGACAAGCCCGUAUCCAAACGGGUGCUACAUGGUGCUGAGCUCGAAGUGAAUGAUUAAAUUGAGUUGGAGGAUCCUCUGAGAAAGUAGUUGAAUACAUUUUUUUUUGUCAUCGAUAAGAGUGUAGGUAUAUUAAUUUUAGACAGUGGCAAACACUACUGUGCUGCAAGCGAAUCUGUCAAUUUCGACAAAUAGUUUGUAUGCAUCAUGCAUGAUGAUAAUAAUCAUCAUAAUUUUAUGUUAUUUAAUAAGCGUACCAAAUAUAAUUUUAAAUCUCCAUUAUCACACAUCAAAAUAUGUAAUUUCGUCAUUCCUGGUUUCUGAACUGUAUUGCGCUGUAAUUGCUAGAAAAAAUAUAUCAUAUAUUGUUGUUUUCUUCCGCGGGAAGUGCGUCAAAUCGCAUUUACGACAAUUUUUUUCAAGAAAUUGUUCACAAUAAAUUUGAUAAUAUUCCAGAAAUAUUUCAAUGUUUGACAUCCUGUUUACACCGGAAUUUGAUAUAUUUUCUCUACACUACCGCGCAAAAAUUUGGUCUUUCUAUAUGAAAUGUAUGUUUGCUAUAUGUUUUGAGUUAUUCAGCCCAAAUUUAGUUAUAAACCGUAUGAAAUUUUUUUGAAGAUGAGAUUUGGCCAGCCCAUGCUUUUGAUCAACAUUUUAUAACGGAUUUAUCUUGGUUACUUGGUUAAAUGCUGGAUGAUUUUGAUACUUUAUGCCAAAUAUGUUUUUCAUUUUUUACUUUGACAUCCUAUCCAGUGAUGCAAAUAACUUUUGAACCUGGUGGCCUAUUCAAAAAAUCAAUUUUGGCCGCCGCAUAUGACAGUUUCCCAAAAAAAACCAUACGCCGGCCAAAUUUCACAUUAAAAAUCUUCCAUUCGGUCAGAAUUGGAGUAGGUUUUCAUAUUGGACACUGAAUUUGGGUGAAAUAUGGAGAAAAAACGUGGCAACAAUACAAUUUCAUAUGGAAACACCAAACUUUUGCAAGGUACUGUACAAUGUACAUACUAAGACGCAGUAAUUUUU